AUGGCCAUCAUCACUCUGGGUCAUCGAGGCCAGCUUUCCGGCCCUCCUGAUCAGCUCUGGUUUAGCAGGCCACCACCAUCAAGCCUGUCUUCCAGCUCAACCAUAACCUUAAUAUUCCUGCUCAUCAUCAGCUCACUCCCCCUCAGCUCAGCCCAUCGAGUUCCAGGCCAUCAUGAGGGAGCAAGCCAGUCCGCCAAUCUGUCCCAUCCAUCCACCGCCAUCCGGCAUCAGCAUUCCCACUCCUCCUCCCAUCACGCACCUGCGGGCAGCUAUCUCAAUGAGACCGCAAUCCUGCUCUCCCACCAACCGACACCGCUGAGCUAUCUGGCCUAUGAUCGUAACCUCAUCAUCCUCGACCCUGCCACCGGCAGUCUGGCCCCAAACCCUGAGCCUACUACUAGGAACAGAUAUCCUUCCUGGAUCGUCGGCCAUGCCCUUGGAAUGUGCUUGGCAUGGUUUGUCUUCUUGCCAUUGGCUCUGGCGACCUCGCAAUCGAAGAAUCCUUGGCCAAAGACCUUCUUUCGUACCGCCUUUGUCAUCCUCUUGGGCCUCUCGAUCUUCUGUGGGACUGUCUAUCGCUCCCUAACGCCCAACCAUUACGAUGGACAAAAACAUUCGAUCAUGGGCUGGGUCCUCGUCUCCAUCGGAUGCAUCUCGUCGAUCGCCGACUUUGUCCCGCUCUGGAAUAAGGUCCGAGCUGGUCUGAGUGGACUGGGACCUUCGGACUACUACCAUUCGCUUCCGGGAGCCGACGAUGCGUGCGACGAUUACCGGCCCGAACCGCCAUCGCUUCUACAGAGUCCAUCCCAUCAUCAGCUUCCUUUUUCCGAGCGAAUGAGCGCCAAAACCCGGCCCGGUUCGGCACCCGGCUUCCUGUCCGGGGUCUUCAAAGCCCUGGUUGAUCGGCUCUUGGUCGUCCUUGCCUCCGCGGCUGUCGGCUCCGGAACAGUGGUGUAUACCGGCACUUGUAGGGCCGAAUAUGUGAAUGGCUGUUUGGCCCAUUUCAUCAAAGGCGGCAUCUUUUUCUGGUAUGGGAUCCUGAAUUGGACGCGAUAUCUAGGCGGCUAUCCGGAGCUCGGGUGGCCAUGGCACGACCAGGCGGCGCAAAAGAGCAACAAGAGACGGGCGCCGUCUGCAGAGAUGGUAGAAAGCGGCGUGGUCCUCUUCUAUGGUGUCACUAAUGUCUGGAUGGAGAGGUUUGGCGCUGCGCCUGGAGAUCCCUAUACGGUCAAGCAAAUCCAACAUAUCUCAAUCGCCGCUAUGUUUGCAUUCGGAGGCUUAGUGGGAGUGUUGUUAGAAAGCCGAGCAGUCCGAGGGCUAUUAUUCGGGAAGCCGGAGAAGAUGAAGAGUGGGAACCCGUUCCCGAGUCUGUGCAUCGCGAUCACCGGCCUGACGAUGUCGGCGCACCACCAAGACUACCCGUUCCAGGUGGCCAUCCACACCCUAUGGGGCGUCCUCUUGGCACUGUUUGGGCUGAUGCGCUGGAUCACGUAUGGCUUGGUCGACGCGGACAGGCCGCGAUUGCCGGUCUCCGAAGCCCUCGGAGCCGUCUUUCUCAUCGCCGGCGGCCUCGUCUUCGUCGAAAGCGUCGAGGAAAUCUCCUUUGCGGCUAUCCGUCACCGGUUCGACGACGUCAUGGCCUUCUUGAACGUUACCAUCGCGUUUGUGUGUCUGGUUAUGGCCUGGACGACGCUCCUGAUGGCCAUCAAACGGAAAUCGAGUUCUUAA